ACUAAUAAAUCAAUAACUCUUGGUGGUUUUGCUAGUCUGACAAAAUGAGGCACGUCAAGUUUAUAGCAAGAACUGUCCUGGUACAGAACAAUGACCCAGAAGCUGCAUUUCGGAUGGUCAAUCGCAUUUUGGGAGCAGAAGGGCUUUUAGAUCAAUAUCGCAGAACUCGAUACUUCGAGCAGCCCACGUAUAUGAGACGUAGAAUCAAUUACGAAAGAUGCAAGGGCGUCUACAAUGAAGAUAUGGAUAGGAAAAUUAAGUUCGUCAUGCGAACAAACAGAGAAGACCCAUAUCCUGGUUGUCAUUGAUCUUUGUUCACUUACUUAGUCUUUUGGGGAUCUUAACAUAUUUUCUUUACUGUAAUUUUCUUUGUUGUGUUUAGGUUUUAAUAAAAGCAUAAAAGUCUUGAAAAAAUUUAAA